AUGAUUAGAGUGUAUAUCAAUAACAUCUUACGACAACAAGCAAUGGAUGCACAGCCGCGGCGCCCGAGCCGCGGCGCCCGAGAGGUCCGAAUUCUGUGCGAAUAUUUAGAAGUGCGCGACAGACUGCGCGCAAACAAAAUAUUCUCUUCUUUUGUUGUCUUCGGCAGCGCCAGAGCUAUGGAUAGACAAACGUGGGAGCAAAGGAUGGCGGAGGCUGAGGCAGCAGCAGCAGCAGCAGACACUGAAGAAGCAGCAGCAGCAGCAGCAGCACAGGUAGCGAAGCUGAAGCGUUUAGAGUGGUGCUGCGAGUGGUAUGAGAGGACUCGCGUGCUCGCGCGUCUCCUCAUGGAGUGGGUGCAGACUGACGAAGCUAAGCAGGCGAUAGGGGAGAUAAUGCAGGAGCUGCCCGUAUCUCUUGGAGGCUACGAUUCACCUCAGCAGCAGCCGAACAACAACAGCAGCAGCAGCAACAAUAACAAUAACAAUAACAGCAGCAGCAGCAAGAUGAUGAUAAAUGAAGAGAUGUUAUUCUGUCCAGCAGCAAUUUGUACAGGAGGAGGCCCCGGUAUAAUGGAGGCAGCAAAUAGAGGGGCGAGAGAAGUAGCCGGUGCUCGGAGCAUAGGGUUUGGGAUGACGCUGCCCUUUGAGGAAGGACUAAAUAAGUUUAUUGAUAAAGAAUUAGCUUUUCAGUUUCAUUACUUCUUUACUCGCAAGUUCUGGAUGGUCUAUGCUGCACUUGCUGUUAUUGCUGCACCUGGAGGUGUCGGUACACUCGACGAGCUCAUGGAGGUCUUUACUUUAAAACAGUGCAAAAAACUUAAAAGAGAUAUCCCUAUUAUUCUCCUCGGGAAGACGUACUGGAACCGCGUAAUAGACUUUAAGUAUUUAACAGAAAGCGGGUUGGUAGAUGCAGCAGAGAUGGAGAAGGUCUUUUUUACUGACGACCCUGAAGAAGCAUUUCUAUAUUUAAGAGAGCAGCUGGUUAGCGGUAGACUGCUGUUGAAGGGUAAACAUAUUCAUAAAAGCAUGCGUCCAAGGCUUAACUGCAGCAGCAGCAGCAGCAGCAGCAGCAGCAGCAGCAGUGGAAAUGAAACGAAUAAUGGUGCGAAGAGCAGCAGCAGCUAA